CUGACAUGAGUCAUUGCGCCACUUGCUUAUUUACCUUCUCCAGCAGUCGGGAGAAUUGAACGUUAGGCGAACGCUUCAAAAUGGCCAAGCGGUUGUUAUUGAUUUAUAUAGAUGCAUCGGAUAGUUGAGACCCUUUAAAUAAAAAAGUUGGACGGCUUUCAUAAAUCUCGUAUUAUAUUUUACUGCGUACUUUGCGCGCUCGGUGUCCGUGUUGUGCGUAAACAAACAUGACUGCUCCCAUCGCCAGGCAGAGACGCGCUGCAGUAGCCGCAGACACAACAAGCUCGUCGUUCUCCAUAACAUCAAGUCUCCUGCGACUCUUUAAACAUAUCAAAUAUGAAAAUCUCGCUGCUGGAUUGAGUGGGGGAGUUAUUUCCACUCUGGUGCUGCACCCUCUGGAUCUGGUCAAAAUAAGAUUUGCAGUAAGUGAUGGUCUAAAAAUGCGGCCCCAGUACGAUGGCAUGAUGCACUGCAUGAAGACCAUCUGGAAGCUUGAAGGGAUCAGAGGUCUCUAUCAGGGCGUCACUCCCAACAUCUGGGGGGCUGGUGCAUCAUGGGGCUUGUACUUCCUCUUUUAUAAUGCUAUUAAAGCAUAUAAAAAGGAGGGACGGCAAACAGAGCUGAGCGCUGCCGAACACCUGGUGUCUGCGGCGGAAGCAGGCAUUCUGGCGCUUUGCCUUACCAACCCGGUCUGGGUGACAAAGACCCGGCUGGUGCUGCAGUACAAUGCAGACCCUUCCCGGAAGCACUACAAGGGAAUGAUGGACGCCCUCGUGAAAAUAUACCGUCACGAGGGUAUCCCGGGACUAUACAGGGGUUUUCUGCCUGGUCUGGUGGGGACUUCCCAUGCUGCAUUGCAGUUCAUGACCUACGAGGGCCUGAAGAGGGAGCAGAACACAUACAAAAAGAUGCCAUCUGAUUCGCUGCUGUCUCCAUUAGAGUACAUCACCAUAGCAGCCAUCUCCAAAAUAUUUGCAGUGGCAAUGACGUACCCGUACCAGGUCGUGCGCGCUCGCCUGCAGGACCAGCACAACAACUACAGUGGAAUCGUGGAUGUGAUGAGUAGAACGUGGAUCAACGAAGGAAUUGAGGGGUUUUACAAAGGGAUGGUCCCCAACUUGGUGCGAGUCAUUCCCGCCUGCUGCAUCACCUUCCUGGUUUUUGAAAAUGUGUCGCGUUUGCUUUUGGGCGAGUACCACUAGACCUUCAGGACACCACACACCAUAUACAGAUGGACCAACACAAACUAAAUCUGAUAUUUAGUUUGUGCACUGAUGAAGUGCGAAUGACAUUGAGGUUAAAGAUUUAUUGUAUUUUUGAUUUGUUGAGUUUAUUGAAAGAUGUUAAAGUGUAUUUGUAGAGUAAUAUGACAGAUCCAUGUGCCCAUGUUAACCCAAAGAGUACAAAAGUUGUGAUUUGUAGAAAGCACCAUGAUUUUAAGCUGCCAGGCAGAUAGAGGAGAGUGGAUUUUGGACAAGCUGGAUUGAAGCCAUCCUUCGACAGUGAUAACCAAACAACUUAAUGUUCGUCUUUUUUACGAUAUUUUCACAACUGCUGCUUUGUUUGAGGACCCGAGCCGUGCGAGGGAAUGAACCCAUUUACCUUCAGCACAUUUUCACCGGCUGUGGCGCUCUGGACGACACUCACUGGGCAUGCUCAGGAAAUGAUGUAACGUUAGACAAUAAUUGCACACAGGCCUGAGAGAAACCGAUACUUUACUGGAGGGCACGAGCAAGUUUUUACCAGAUGUUCAUGGAACAGAAUGAAAGGAACAUUUGAACUGGAGUAAAUGAACGUUAUUCGAAAUGUGUGGAAGAUGUGCUAAUGUCAAUAACAAGCACAGGGAUCUCAAAUAUGUAUAAGGCAUUUUUACACAUCAAAUAAAAGAAUUUAUGUCACGUGAAACUGAUGUCAUGAAUGAAGUGUACAAUUUAAAUCUUCUAGAGGGUAUACAGUGAACCCAAGGAGUAUUUCAACACAUGUCAUUAUUAGCAUUAGUAACAAAGCAUUAAACCAAAUAGCAUCAAAUCUGCUAGUACUAAUGUUGUAGUUCGAGACCGGUCUCAAGACCCUUUUUUGAUGGUCUUGUCUCGGUCUCGACUGUCUGUGGUCUCGGUCUUGACUUUGUUUCAGACUUAGUGGUCUCGAGAUUUUUUUCCAAGACCGGUCUAGACCACAACUGUGGGAAUUACUCAAAAUGAUUGGCGCAUUGUCUGAUUUAUGUGUUAACAUCAUUCACGUGAUUGGAUGUAAUACUUAAGGCUUUAAAAGCAUUCACCACUCGUUCCUUAUUUGAUUCAUCUGUUACUUUUGUUACUCUUACUGCAAGAAUGGUUGAUUGUCUUAAAGAAAUCUGUCAACAAAAUGAAUACAUUUAUUUUAAAACAUCUGAUGUGAUAUUUGUUUUUGUAUAAUUAUUUAAUAAGACUUGAGUUUAUAGGUGACUUUAGUUUUAGACACAAAUUUUGGCUAGACCCAAACAAAUCUGAGCAACACACAUCUAUUUUGCUAUUGAUUAGACAAAAAAAGCAUUAAACUAAUUAUGUCACUGAAUGUUUUGUUUUGUUGAAGGUCUUUAAGGUAUUUACCCUUUUUUAUGUUUAGUUGUUGGAAGUUUAAUUUUUUUAUAUGUUACAGUAGGUGGGUGAUAAAACAUGGAAUAUAACAUUUCUGCACAAUAAAUAAGUGACUUCUAUUAUUA